CAGUCUAGAAGAGGUCCUAGUUGUACAAGGUCUUGAGCCUUCUCUACCAAAGAGGGUUGGUGCCUCGCAGAACUACAGCUCCUAGGAUUCCAUAGCAUUGAGCCGGGCAGUUCAAGAAGCGUCAAAGCGCAUUGAUUCUCGGUGUAGAUAGAAGCCGGUCUCCUUCUCCUCCGAUCCGCCCCUCCUCUUGUUCUUGCUUUUCUCUCGGAUGGAAGCAGAGCGUGCGGCUCCUUUAAAACCAGACUCCAGCAGCCGACCAGCCUCUUUCUUCUCUGACUUGGGCGCUGCUUCUCCUUCUCCUUCAGUAGCAGCAACAGCGCGUUGGAGUGGACGUCGCUUUGGGUUGUUUCUGGGGCAGGAAAAGGAGGGCGGCUCAGCCUCUCUUAUUCUUUAGAAGGCUCCAUCCUCCAGGCUGGCUUCCUGGCUCAGAGGAGCUUCAGCUUCGCCCUCUGCCUGGGCUCUCCUCCUUCCCAUUUGCCAAGCCCCCCUUUUGCCCAGAUUAGUGGGUCUUUUCCUCUUGUUCCGUCUCUUUCUGGGGGUGGGAUUUCAGGGCUGCAAUACAUCUUGGUUUAUUGACAUUGGAGGCAUCGUGAGACCAGAGGAGCUUCGAUAGGACCGAUCCAGAUUUAUGACUGUGAAAAAAACCAAAACUAUGUGGUGGGCUGGUAACUCUAAUGGCAGGAGGAAACAAUUGGAUCAUAGAGUCUCUCUCUGAAGAUAAGUAAGGCCUGAAAAGACAUAUUGUUCCAGAAAGGGUCUGCAAUGGAUAAAAAAAACAACGGUUGCUGUUUACUGAUGAUUCUACUAAUUGAGUGACAUCAUAUGUACGGCUGCUAAACUGCCACAUGGGACAUCAAUUAAGCAAUUGUCUUCAGAAGGAUUAUUAUUGACCUUGUCAUCCUGAUUGUGAAGCUGUAAUCCAUUCAUUACGCUUUAAGAUCUAUUUGUUGACUUACUUAAGUUAUACCUUGAAUAUAAGGUGUAAGAGAAUGGCUCCAACUCUCUCUUCUACUGUAAGUUAUACUGACCCCACCUUAGCGCCUGUAGCAACCGAACACUCAGCAAUACCUCAGAAGAUAGUAGAUUCGCAGUUCAAGUGCUAUGAGAGGAUGAACAGAACACCUCCUUACAAGAAAAAAGGGUUAUUCUGUAACCGGACAUGGGAUGGAUGGCUAUGUUGGGAUGAUACACCUGCUGGAGAAUUCGCUGACCAAAAUUGCCCUGAUUAUUUUCCAGACUUUGAUCCAACCGAAACAGCAACGAAAUACUGUGAUAAGACAGGAACGUGGUUCCGACACCCUGAAAGCAAUCGAACGUGGUCCAACUAUACACGCUGCAACUCUUUCACAAAUGAAAAGCGUAAGAUGGUAUUCAUACUUUAUUACAUGACCAUUGUAGGACAUGCUUUGUCGAUAACCUCCUUGUUGAUAUCCUUGGGGAUCUUCUUCUAUUUCAAGAGCCUCAGCUGUCAAAGGAUAACGCUGCACAAGAAUUUGUUUUUUUCAUAUGUCCUUAACUCAGUGUUUACACUCGCCCAUCUCAUUGCUGUAGUGUCUGACCGAGACUUGGUAAAAAACGAUCCAGUGAGCUGCAAAGUGCUUCAGUUUUUCCACCAAUACAUGAUGGGCUGUAACUACUUCUGGAUGCUUUGUGAAGGCAUUUAUCUUCAUACUCUCAUAGUGGUGGCGGUUUUUGCUGAAGAGCAACGUUUGCACUGGUAUUACCUCUUGGGUUGGGGGUUUCCUUUAGUGCCAGCAUCAAUUCAUGCUGUGGCAAGAACCAAAUACUUUAAUGACAACUGCUGGAUUAGUGUUGAUACCCACUUGCUGUAUGUUGUCCAUGGGCCUGUGAUGGCAGCUUUACUGGUCAAUUUUUUCUUCUUGCUCAACAUCGUACGCGUCUUGGUAACAAAACUGAGAGACACCCAUCGGGCUGAGUCCAACAUGUACAUGAAAGCCGUCAGAGCCACUUUAAUCCUUGUGCCCUUAUUAGGAAUACAGUUUGUCAUUAUUCCCUGGAGGCCAGAAAACAAACUUGCUGGCGAAGUCUAUGAUUAUAUCAUGCAUAUUUUAAUGCAUUACCAGGGGUUACUUGUGGCAACAAUUUUCUGCUUCUUCAAUGGAGAGGUCCAAGGAGCUUUGAAGAGGCAGUGGAUGCAGUACAAAACCCAGUGGGGCCAAAGGCGCCGAGAACAUUGCUCUACGCGAUCUACCUCCUACACAGCAACCUCUAUCACAGAGGUCCCAAUUUACCUAUACCAUCAUGAUUCCAGCAGCGAACAGUUUAAUGGAAAAUAUAUAGAUGACUCUGAACUGGUUGCCUUAAAAUCAGGAGAGACGUCUGCCUAGCUUUUACACAGCAGGUACAGCAUUCUGUUUGUGAAAGAAGAAGAGAAGGUGAAGCCACCAAGGCCGCUGCAAGGCAGGGCCCGGUCUGGUGAUAGGACGCAUCAUGUGCAAAUUACAGAAACUCGACUAUCUGGUAGAGACAACUCAAAGAGAGUCUGACAGAGAUAGAAAAGUGGUCAGUGGCUCCAACAGUCAAAGGCUGCACUAAGAGCAAAAAAAAAAAAAAGGGACAAAGUUGGAGUUGACCAGUGAGAAGCAUGGGAUUUAAUCUGUUCUCCAUCUUGGUCACAUGAAAGGAGGAUGCCGUAAUAAGAAACAACUUCCCUUCAAUCCCCCACUGGGAGAUGCCAUUGUUUCUACAAGUGGAUUUUUAUUCCUGAAAUUGAACUAAAUGCAGACAGGAGACAAUCCACAGCUUUUUCAUUAGAUAUUUUCAUUUUAUUCUAGACAUUGGAACUAUAAAUAUGAGUUAUUUGUCCGUGGCUUGGGAAGCUUUUAUUCUUUGAAUAUCCAUCAGCUGAGAUGCUUUCCUUUUUUGCACUUAGAGCACACAAUUUAAAAAAUCAUUCCAUUGUAUGUAAACCCUCAAUAUCUCAAGAGGAUGGCAUUCAGUAUUAUUUUAAUAUCCAGCACAGGACAAAAAUGAAGGUAAACUAUUUAUUGUGUCACAAACUGUCAAAAAGAAUUGAUUAAGCAUAAGAAACACAUUGUUCUGUCAGAAAGUCUCAUGAGAGAACCAGGAGACUGUGUGAUAUUCCAUUUUCUGGAUGCUUGAUAUUAAUCAUGUAUCGAGAAAUUUUCAGCCAUAUUUUUCAGCCCAGCUACCAGACAUAAUGGAACUUUUUUUUUCUCUGCAAAUAAACUGUGAAAUGUA